AUGCUUCCACGUUACGCUUUUAAUGCUUGCUCGGCUCUACGAGUUCAUGGCGAUCUUUCGUUGCUACGAGGCUUCCGAACCUCCUCACAUUCAAAAAGUGACGACGAAGAAGCGGAUUUCGAAGCUGCACGCGAGUGGUAUAAAGGAUUCAAUAAGACCACAAUUCCAUCUAAGAUUGCUGAAACAUCCUUCUCUCGCGCUUCUGGUCCUGGAGGACAGAAAACCAACAAAACCAGUUCCAAAGCAACUACGACCUGGCCGCUUCAUGCUCUACUGCGUCACGUACCAAAGGUGCUUCACCAAGAUUUAAGAGCAUGUAGAUACUAUGUGCCAUCCUCAGAUUCGAUUACGAUUCAAUGCGAUACAGACCGCAACCAAUCAAACAACAGAGAAGAAACCUAUCAGAGGCUGACCGACGAGAUCGCCAAAAUGUACAAGAAAAGGGUCCCGGGAGUGACCUCUCUGGAACAAAAGAAGAGAGUUGAGAAUCUGAUGAAGGCCGAUAAUGCUGCAAGACUUAGGAUGAAGAAAUCACACGGCGACAAGAAACGUGCUAGGAGUGGUGGGGGUGGCCGUGGUGGAGAUUUCUGA